AUGGCUGCUGCUGCUGAUUUUACAACUACACCCCACUGCCCCACUAUUGCUUCUUUGCAAUUAGAGAAUUAUGUUGACCCAGCACCUGUGCCAUCUGUUAGCAUAGAUUUUCACUCCCUUGUUACUCCCUCUCAUAUUUCUCCAGUGCCAACAUCAAAAAAGACAACUAACAAUAGACGCCGGCUACAUCUAGAAAUAACACUGACUGAUAUAGCAACUAGAAAUGAGACUGCGAUCCCUACUGACGAAGACGCCGAGUGUUUUUUCUCUAAUGGAAAAUAUAGCGAGGAUAAACGGGGUGAAGUACAGUGCUUCAUGUGCGAAUUGUUGGUUCACGGUGCUUGUAGUGGUUAUGAAUCCGGUGUGUACAUUUGUGAAUACUGA